CUGGGCGGGACCGGAAGGCGGUCUCAGCCCGGGGGUGCGGGGGUCUGGGGUUGGCGGCGGUCUCCGGGGAUGUGGAGAGCUGGCAGCAUGUCGGCCGAGCUGGGAGUCGGGUUGGCACUGCGGGCCGUGAACGAGCGCGUGCAGCAGGCGGUGGCGCGGCGGCCGCGGGAUUUGCCAGCCAUCCAGCCCCGGCUAGUAGCAGUCAGCAAAACCAAACCUGCAGACAUGGUGAUCGAGGCCUACAGUCACGGCCAGCGCACUUUCGGGGAGAACUACGUUCAGGAACUGCUAGAAAAAGCAUCAAAUCCUAAAAUUCUGUCUUCGUGUCCUGAGAUCAAAUGGCACUUCAUUGGCCACCUACAGAAACAGAAUGUCAACAAAUUGAUGGCUGUCCCCAAUCUCUCCAUGCUGGAAACAGUGGAUUCUGUGAAGCUGGCAGACAAAGUGAACAGUUCGUGGCAGAAAAAAGGUUCUCCUGAGAGGUUAAAGGUUAUGGUCCAGAUUAACACCAGUGGAGAGGAGAGUAAACAUGGCCUCCUGCCCUCAGAGACAGUAGCCAUGGUGGAACACAUCAACACCAAGUGCCCCAGCCUGGAAUUCGUGGGGCUUAUGACCAUAGGAAGCUUUGGGCAUGAUCUUAGUCAAGGACCAAAUCCGGACUUCCAGGUGUUAUUGUCCCUCCGGGAGGAGCUGUGUAAAAGGCUGAGCAUCCCUGCUGACCAGGUUGAGCUGAGCAUGGGCAUGUCCAUGGACUUCCAACAUGCAAUUGAAGUAGGGUCUACGAAUGUCCGAAUAGGAAGCACCAUUUUUGGCGAGCGAGAUUACUCAAAGAAGCCUGCCUUAGACAAGUCCUCAGCAGACCUGAAGGCCCCAGUGGAGGUGGCACAGGCACAUUGAGCCAGGGAACAACCAGCAGUGGCUGAGAGCCAGGGGGCCCUGUCCAGAAGACUAACUAUGCACUCACCUGGAUUUUCAUUUAAUAUUCCCUAUGUCACAGCACAGCCAUGCUGUCCUUGUGACCUGCAGAGACGAGUGCUGACGAUUCUGUGUGGUGAUGGAAAUCGUCUGUAUUUAGUGUCUGACAUAGGAAGCUCCCUUCAAGCAGUGGCUUUGGAUUAGAUUUGAGAAAUCCAGUCAUUUCUGCAGGACAGAUACCAAAUCAAUAGCCAGGAAUUGAGUUCAGUAUUGAAUCCUGCCCAGGAGCACCAACCAACCUGUGAAUGCAUUUUCCAGGUUAAAAUUUGGUCACUGAUGCCUAUAAUCACCGAAGUCAGAGGGAUUCCCAUUUGUCAUCCACUAUAACAGAAAAUUCCCUCUGGUUACCAGCUUCCUACAAAUCCUGCUGAGUAAUUGUCUUUGCUGCUCUGGAGCAAGGGGAUUUCUGCCCCAAUUUCCACCCCACCCAGUAGAUAUUUGUCUCUGCUCUGGAAUGGCAGUACAGGUACCUUCAGGGAAUGGCUCAAGUAAUGCUCCAAACCCAAAUUGUUGCUCAUGAGAGUUUGUGUCAUUGGUCACCCCGUGGUGACCAAUGAAAUUUACAGAGGUCCCAUAAACAGCACUGGGGUCUUUCUCUCAUCCUCCUGAAGAGACAGGACUUGGAGCUUUUUUCUCUGGCCCUGCAGUGAUGAGGAUUUAAUGAUAUGAUGUCUCCUCCACUAUAAUCCUCUUUAUGGUGAUUUCUUAUCAAAGACCAAUGAGUCUGGUGGCUCCCCAGAAAUGAGAUUCCUCCAAAGCUGGUUCAGACGCACAGUUGCAACAAGGCCUAGUUUUGAGUUCCUG